UUGGAGCUGGAGAAGGAAAUGCUGAAGUGUUUAUAUGCAAAAUGCACUCCUUGUAUCACGGAUUGUGUGAUGGCAGAGCUUGAGAAGUUAGGGCAGAAAUAUCGUGUUGCUCUAAGGAUUGCAAAGGAUCCACGAUUUGAGAGAAUACUCUGUACUCAUAAAGGGACCUAUGCUGAUGACUGUAUUGUUGAUAGAGUUACUCGGAAUAAGUGCUACAUUGUUGCAACUUGUGAUCGGGACUUGAAGAGGAGGAUCCGGAAGAUUCCUGGUGUGCCGAUAAUGUACAUCACGAAACGCCAGUACUCGAUUGAGCGCUUACCUGAAGCAACUAUGGGUGGAGCACCAAGAAUAUGAUGGAGUGACAGAAAUGGCAAAGCUCUGUAUACUGAUAAUUCAUGCUAGAUCUUGUUACAGUUUUGAUCCUUUUCUAGCAGCAUGGAAUUCGAGAAGCUUGGCAUGUACACUGUUAGAUUGUUUCAUGAAAUUUUCCUAGUUUAAUUUCAUAGAUAUAUGUUACCAAAUUUUGUUAAUAUAUGUAGGUUAAACCUAAUGUCUCACAUACUCCAGUGUUCUUCGUUAAAUCACUUGCUGAAGAUUAGAAAUCGUAAAGUUGAAAUCCUCCGGUAUAAGCUAUUAUUAAUAAGCUUUACAAAUUGUAUGAGAAAAUGGAUGAUAGCAAUAGUAUAUAAACUUCAUCAAGAAUUUGUUAAUGUUGAGAUACGUCUCUUUU